AUGGUGCUGUGUCCUGAAACCAGCUUUCUGGUGAAGCACGAGGGAGGAAAUAAUGAUGUCAUGGGAAAACCUAAGCCGGCAUGUCCCGGGGAGCGGGCGAAAGCCUUCCCCUGGGCAUCACGCGUGGCCGCGGGGGUGAACGUUUUUGGUCACGCCAAAACUUGCGCAAGUAAAUGUGUGUGUCUUAUUUUUACUUGUCCAGAUGUUUCAAGGGGAAAUAAGCUCAAACUGAUGCUUCAGAAACGCGAAGCCCCUGUUGCCACGAAGCCCGAGGUGUCAGUGAAAGAAGCGGCGGCCAAGGAGUUCCUAAGCAGCCUGAGACGCCAGAGGCGCCAGCUGUGGGACAGAAGCCAGCCCGACGUACAGCAGUGGUACCAGCAGUUCCUGUACCUGGGAUUCGAUGAGGCGAAAUUUGAAGAUGACAUCUCCUACUGGACAAGCUUAGGGCGUUCUCGUAAUGAAUACUAUGGCGGAUACUACCAACACCACUACGAUGAAGAGUCACCAAUUGGCCCGCGAAAUCCACACACCUUCAGGCACGGAGCAGGGGUCAACUAUGAUGAUUACUAAUGCCGUUUAUCCUGCUAUAGCUGGUGCCUAUAGGGCUGCACUGGGCGAGGCUGAGCCCUCCCUCAGUCAGAAUGACCCCGCUUUCCUCCUAUCCGUGUAAAACAGCAAGAGUAAAGGAACUGCCGGACUUCGAAGGAAGCAACAUGACUUUUUUUUAAUUAUCGUUACUUAGUAGUACACUAUAUAUAAAGUGUUGUAGAGAUAAAGCUUUUUGGAUAAAAUAAACAGGUUGCCAUCAUUUAGUAGA